AUGCUUACCUUCUCUAUCUUAUUUGUAAUUGCUUGCUAUUUGGAACAUGAACAACAACUGCAACGGCAACAACUACAACAAUUGCUACAACAACUACAACAAUUGCUACAACAACAGCAACAGCAACCUCAGCAUGACGUCAUGAAGCAAAAUCGUCACGUUAGAUUAAACACCGAAAUACAAGUAAAAUACUUUGAUCCUACCCAAAUUGUUGGUGACUCUUUUGAUGAAGAAGAAGAUGAUGAUAUCAUGGAUCAAAUAACCUUGCCACAGAAGACACAUCGUCACGUUAAAUUUAAUCCCGAAGUACAAAUAAGAUAUAUUGAACCUAAUUAUCGCGUCAGGUUCAAUCCCGUCGUACAAGUAAAAUACGUUGAUCCCGAACCCAACAAUUUGGCGCAUAUUAAAGUUAUUGGCGAUUCUUUUGGUAAAAAUGACGAUUUCAAAGUCCUACAAUUUUUAGAAAAUCUUUAUUGGAAAGCAAUUCAUUCAGAGGAUAGUCGAAUAGUGUAUUCGAAAAUUAGACAAAAAAAAAUUAAGGAGGCACAAUUUGAUUUGAAAGCGUGGAGAAUGGAAAAUCAAGGAGGCUGA